GCAUUGAGCCCUUCCAAGCCCCGGGGCCGGUUUCCAGGGCAACUCUGAACGCCCGAUCCCAUUGUGACCUCCGCUCCCUCCGCGGGGAGGCAUUGCCCAGCCAUGGCUCAGCGCAGUCCGGUCCAGUCCCCGGUCAGGGGAAGCGCCAUGGAGGCGGGGAAACCCGAGGACGCCCCGCCGGCCGUGGUCACCUUCUUCCAGCCCCACGUCGGCGGCCAAGUGCUGGUGCUUUUCAGUUUGCUCAGUGGCAGCGAAGCUGUUUUAAAGAGGUUUUUACCCAAGAGUCAUCUUUCUAAGGUGAUCAUUCGUGACAACAUCAGUGUCCAGAGAGUGCACGAUAUCAAGCUCAAGCACAUUGAAGAAAGCAAAAGGAAGAUGGGCAAUCUCUUUGACCAGAUGAUGAAGAAGUUUGUGCAUGACCAGCAGAAGAAAAUGAACCGCUGGAAGAAGGAAUAUGGCCACUACCAGAGAAUGCUGGAGAAGAUUGACCAGAGGGCCUGGCUCAAAGCCCACACCUCAACCUUUGCACUGCCGGAGCUAACAAAGACCAAGGAUGUCACAGGAUGGAAAAAUGUGAACCUGCCACAGCAAAACAGGCUUAGGUAACUUGAAUGACCAUGAGCUAGAGGAGUGGCUUCAUGGUUCCACUUGGCACAGAAAAUCAUCAUGAAAAAGACCCAUGCGUCCGUCCCCCCCCCCCCCCCCGUAGGCUUUCCUGCCGGCUUGUCUCAUUAGGAUAAUGGAAUUAAAGUUAAUACAAGACCUUCACGGCAUCCAUGUGGCACAAAUGUUUUUGUUGUAGGCCUUUAAUUGGAUUUUUUUUGCUGUUCAGAGGGCUUUACAUUCUUUUUGCAGGUCCAACCUUACCAUUAGGCAAAAUGCAGCAGCAGAUUUUGGGUGUUAUGGAAAAGUUGCAAAUUGUUAGCUAUUGACCCAUUUAUUGUUAUUGUAUUCUUACUGACAGGAAGGGGGAAAGGUGCUUGCGGGUUGGUUUGGAUUUUUUUGCCUCGGUUUGGCCUUGGACGCUUUGCAACUUGAUUUGGGGUGGGAGGGGGCACCAGACUGCUCUAUCUCAAGCGGCAUAAUGUCUUGGACUGUCCUGGUCUUUUGGUUCUCUACAGCCUGUGAUUCCCUGUUUACAGAUAGUUGAUUGACUAAGGCUGAGAGAGAAAUAGUGACUUGCCUAAGGUGAGCCUAGUACCAUUGGGGGGGGUAUUUGAAUCAGCUUGAUCAAUUGGAUGUUUCCAAAAGAAAAUGCAUUUGGAAAGUGCAUUGAAAUGGAACAUGCUGGGUCUGUGGGGUCCUUUUCUGCAGGUUGGUGUUCUGGUAUGCAGCUGGCCGGCAAAUUUUGCAUAGCACUACACAACACCCCCAUUCCCAAACACCUGCAUUGCAUUGCAGCCAAUGUUGUGCAUAGCACACGUUGAAGGAGACAGAAGUACCUGGGUUUAUUUAGUGUCUGUACCCUGCUCUUUAGUCACAAAGACUCCCAUGGCAGCUUACAUACAAUCAGAUAUAAUUGUAACUGUCUGCAGGCCUACAACGUAAAAUACAUGGCACACAAGGAAAGAAGUAUAGGGAUGGAAGAGGAAGAGAGCAAACCCAAGAGCUCUUAUUAAAGUAAAAAAGUAGUUCUUAUAAUGACCAACUGGAAACAGUUCAGUGGCCAGAGAUGCCUGAUGAAGCUGGUCUUAGGAACACAGGAAGCUGCCUUAUACAGAGUCAGGCCAUUGAUCCAUCUUGCUCAGUAAUGUCUACAAUGACUGGCACACAUCAUGAAUAAAUGUAUACAUCUGUAUCAUGUCUCUGCUUACCUGCCUUUCUAACUUAAACUAAAACCCCUUGAUGAUGUAGUCUUUUCUCAAUCUGCCGGACACACAAACAAUUUAGCACCCUCCUCUUCAUGCCGUGUAGGCAGCAAUAGCCCUCCAGUGGUGAGCCUCUAGGAAUCCCUGAACUUGAAUACUCUCAUACCACUCACAUAGUAAAGGUAAAGGUACCCCUGCCCGUACGGGACAGUCUUGCCAGACUCUAGGGUUGUGCGCUCAUCUCA